AUGGCCAAUGUCCGCCUGCUAUCAUUCUCAUACACCUACUCGAUCACUGAUUCGAAUGAUCCAAACGCUGAUUUUCCACGCGAAGUGGAAGAUUCGAUGCACCAACUCAAGCUUGGUGCAGCAGGAGCAUAUGUGCCCACACCCGUUCCGGCUGAAAAUUUCUCAAGGCCUGAAGCUGAUACACCAGGCUCAACCAGCUCAUCGGCUGCUAUUCCUCUAAAUGAAAUCGAAAGAGUCCUACCGAUAUAUUUGAGGGUUUACUUCAAAGAAAAUGGCAAGACGAAACGUUCAGUUGUGGAAUAUGAGGUUAAAAACAACGAAACGUUAAUCGAUAUGCUCUCCGUUAUGUUGCGCAAAUUGAAAACGCUUAAAGGGAAGUCUGAGGCAGUGGGGCGUGUUUACCACACACAACGAAAGUUCCGCAACCCAAUGGAACUGGAUUUCAAGCGUUAUGCUCCUGCUGUAAUCGAAGAUCUGGCAGAACUUGGAAAAAGUUUGUUCUUUGUAUUUGACAUGGCUGGAAGACUUGACUCGAAGGAAGAAGAUGAAAAUACACCUCGCUGGACUGUACCUCUGCGAAAAUAG